GUAGUGAGUGAGUGUGUGUAUCCGGGAGUGUGUGAAGGUUGUGUGUGAGGGUCAGUGUGUGUGUUUUAGGGGAGAUAUCGGCUAUAGAUCAGAUUAAUCAGAGAUUUAUUUAUACUGAUCAGAGCGCGCGAUGUCGGGCUACACUCCGGAUGAGAAGCUGCGCGCGCAGCAGCUUUGGAAUCUGCGCAGGAAGUGGCUGAAAGACCAGGAGCUCAGCCCGCGCGAGCCCCUCAACGCCGCGCACACACCUGUACCUGCAGCCCAGACCGGCUGGGCGUUCCGGUUGUACCGGGCCGGAUCCUUCGCUCUGACCCGGGUUCUGAUUCCGGCCUGGAUCGCCCAUUACUACGUAAAAUACCACGUCUCUCAAAUGCCGUAUGGAAUCGUGAAUCUGAAGCCCAGACUGUUCCCGGGGGAUGUUGUCGCGGAAACCGGAGAGGUUAUUCCUGAUCUUCCUGAAUCUGGAGCUCACGGUCACCACUGAUAACCGGCUGACUCCGCCCACUCUCUGACUCUGUGUGUGUAUAUGUAAAUAUACUUAUGAAUAUUAAUAAAAGUAUUUCACCUCUC